GAAUGAGAUGUAGUAACUCGCUUGCAAGGUCCUGGGCAUUUUUUCCAUAAGGCGUCCUUUCCCCACCUUUCAGUUUUGCUGAGAAAAAUGUGGGAGGGAUAGAGAAAGACUCAGUAAGGUACAAGCAGCAACUUAGGUGUCAACAGUUGGAGAAAGCUGUGUACGGUAGCAGACAGACACUUGCACGCUCUGCCUGGCUUGCUACUCUUUCAGCUUCAUUGACAUUCAGUUUUGAUCUUGCAACAUCAGUGGUCAUGCUGCCUCUUUCAGAUGUUUGGGUGUGAGUUGGAGACAUCUGCUAGAAAAGAAUUCACAGAGGAGAGAAGACAGGGAAGAAGCUCUGUGGUUUUCAUUACCCUUCAGUCUCAUUGCAUCUUGCAGUAAGGACUUGUCAGUAUGACCUCUGGAUUACAGUACAGUCUACUUUUGUUCCUUUGUUUUACAGACUUUCAGGAGUCACAGGCAGCUCAGAGCUGCCCCAGCAAACAGCAGAUCCUGACUGUCAUCAAACAGAUGCAACAAUACUUAAAGGGUCAAGAAACAAGAUUUGCAGAAGGAAUACGUAUUAUGAAAAGCAGACUUAAUAAUUUGCAAAACACUGUCAACAGAGGUGGCCCGGACCCACAGCCAGUCACGUGUCCUCCACUGGAAGCUCCUGAGAACGGCAGAAAAUUUGGUUCCAAAUAUGUUGCAGAUCAUGAGGUUCAUUAUACAUGCGAUCCUGGGUACCAACUCAUUGGUGUUAGCAGCAGACUGUGUCAGCAGAAUGGAACGUGGACGGACAAUGCCCCACACUGCAAAGACAUCAGGCCAUGCAGCAGCCAACCCUGUCUAAAUGGAGGGACAUGUGUGGACGGAACCAAUCAAUACAAAUGUAACUGUCCGCCAGAAUGGAGAGGAACCAACUGCCAGAAUAAAACACCUACAGCACCAUCUGACUGGCCCGUAGUCAAUGAUGGUGCGUUAAGUCGCAAAGCUACCUGUACCAGAGUAGAUCACACUCAGCACUGUAGCUGUGAUCCUGGCUUCCAGAUGAGCGGCACUCCAGAAAACAGCUUAUGUCAGGAUGUUAAUGAAUGUGAAUUGUACAAGGCAGAAGGACCAACCCGGCUUUGUGUACACAUGUGCAUUAACACUCCUGGAUCGUACCGGUGUGCCUGCCCUGCAGGAUAUAAGCUCCUUAUUGAUGGUAAAAAUUGUGAAGAUAUAGAUGAAUGUAAUUUAGGACUACACAACUGUACAAAGCAUUCCAUGUGCAUAAACACUGCGGGUGGUUUUCAGUGUGUCCUCCCUGAGUGUCCAAAACCCAAUGGAAAUAUCAGCUAUGUAAAAACAUCCCCCAUUCAAUGUGAAAGAAAUCCUUGUCCAAUGGACAGCCGAUCCUGUCAUCAUGCACCAAAAACCAUCUCUUUCCAUUACCUCUCCUUACCUUCAAAUAUUCCCACGCCAAUCUCACUUUUUCGUAUGGCAACAGCAUCAGCCCCGGGAAGACCUGGACCAGACAGUUUGAGAUUUGGAAUAGUGGGAGGAAACAGCAGAGGGAACUUUGUCAUGCAAAGAUCAGACCGACAGACAGGAGAACUAAUACUUGUUCAAAGUCUUCAAGGACCCCAGACCAUAGAAGUGGAUGUGGACAUGUCUGAGUACUUAGACCGCAUGUUCCAAGCGAAGCAUGUAUCAAAGAUCACUGUCUUUGUUUCACCUUAUAGCUUUUAAAGUGACUAAAUAAUGAACUUUAAGACGCAACAAGAUUUGUGAAGGGCGGCAACUUACUGUUUACAGAAUGGACAUGCAAACUUAAAAGGCAACAAAUAAAGCUGUAGAUAUAGUAUACUCUUAUUUACCUCACAAACAGUGUAGAUUUGCCUCUUCUUAAGUAUACAAUGCAUAGUACAGCAUAGAUACUAGAUGUACUAUCGUCAUUGACAUUCAAGUAUAUUCCAUUAAUGAAGGUUGACGGUACCUCAAUGAUGAUUGCAAAAUAUGACAAUGCAGUUGUAUUAAAAGGGUUGUAGUGGAUUGAAAAAACAUUGCUGCUUUCUUCCAAAAAUGUUGUCACUUCUAUCCUCAGGUUAUGAGGUAUUGUAGCUCAACCCCAUUUACUUGCGUUGUGCCAUUUCAGAAAAAGAGCAGUCAUGUUUUCCUAAUUCUAUACAUGUUAAAGGAAGAAGUAUCCAUUCAGAGAUAUGGGAUCAUAUAGAAAUAGACGUGUCCCUAAAGGGGCAAUACAGUAUAUAAACCUAAAUAAAUAUUAAACAAAUCCUAUACAUGUUCUGAUUGAUAAGGCUAAUUUUGAUUUGUUGGGUCAAAAUGUUUUAUAACAAUGCAUAUAAUUAUUAUUCUUUAACAUCUUCAUUUAUGGUCAGAUCAUAAUAAUGUCUAUGGUCAACUUUAGAAAUACCUAGCUAUAUUUUGUAAUACAUUCCUUAAAUACAUUGGAAAGGUACAUAAGCAUUUAACGUUCCUAUGUGACUCGCAAGGAAAAGGUUUAUGGAAAGAAACAUAUGUAGGCAGACCUAUGCAAUUUUAGAAUGGCAACAGACUGCUGCUCUGACAUAUUGUUUUGUACAUAUAAACAGAUAAUAACAACAUUCAAUAGAUAUCAGUGUGAGUAUUUUAUAAUAUUUGGUAAUAAAGACUUAAAAGCAGUUUUUAUAUGCCAGAACCCAUAGUAAAUGAAAGGUGUAGCAUAUAAUUGGAGGACCCUGGUCUUUAAACUCAAGAAAGUAUCUAUUAUAUAGACCAUGCAGCAUUUUCCUUUGUACAGUUAACGCAUUGUUAAAAAAGCAGGAAGGGUGUGGAAUUGGGCUGAGAGAAAUAAAAAGUGAUGGAGGAAAAAAUAAACUCUAGGCUCCUAGAUAUCUGUUAGCAAAACCCUUUACUGCCCAAAACCAUGAGAUCAUGAAAUAUGUAUGCCCCAUGUCAUAGUACAGCGCACAAAACGCAUGCCUAUUAUUUUCACAUUCCCACCUCUCUGGCAGAUUGCCUAAGUCAUAAGAGGGCUACUAAGAGCUAUAACUCAGGAACUGGUAUGCUAUAAAGAGGCAUGUGAUCAGCUCCCCUUAGAAAUCUAAAGGUUACACUAAGUUUUUUUUUUUUAAAUAACCAGAGGUCCUCUUUAAAUUGAUACCCUCCUCUCUUUUUUCACAUAAGAGUCUGAUAGACAGGGGAGGAGUGAGAGCAGAGGAGUGCUAGUCCCGCCCUCACUGGACUUUGUCUCAGCCUGUACUUAGGCUUGGACAAAGAUGAUGCUGCACUUGGACAGGAUUAUGUUCUGGAUGGUAUGGGGACCCUAGUGAUCUAUAACCCAUGAUUUCUGUAAAGAGGAGAAACAAUAUUUUAUUUACAAAGUAUAUUAAAAAGGUUAAUGUUUUGCCAAUAUUUACAAUAUAUAAUUAGUUUUUGCUUCUGAGAGACCCCAUUUAAAAAUCCUAAUAUUUAGUAAUAUUCAGUUAAGCACCGUUCCCCCUCUUUUUCUAAAAAUAAUCUCUGUGAAAUAGUAACAUGCUGAUUAGCGUGGCAAAUUUUUCAAAAAUUAGAUUCAGCUGAUCCGCCGAAUUUUCCGAAAAAAAUUUGGUUCGAUCCGAAUAAAUUUUGUGGCAAAUCGCCAUUAAAAAGGCUACGUCCAGUCUACAGAGAGCCUCAAUAGGGUGUAGAACACUUUGCCUUACUGAAACAUGCAGUAGUGUCCUGGGGUAGUGAAAUAAUACUGUUAUUCAGAAUGACACGCAGAUUAGAGGCAUCGCUAUUAGAAUCACUGCCGCACAGCGGCACAAUGACAGUCUUUAAAGGGGAGUGCUUCCUGUGAUGAUCUCAAUUGGCAGACUGUGAGAUGACUUCUAAACUCUCCCUGCCUGCAGUGAUGCAGGCUUGAGGUCGAUGGAUUUCUCCUGUGCUGAUCUGUAUUGUCAGUAAUGCUGAUUAGUGUCUGCUCUCUCUCUCUAGCCAGAACGAAUGUGGGCUUGAGGUGAAUGGAUUCACGGCUGUAAAGAUCUGUAUUGUCAGUAAUGGUGAUUAGUGCGCACACAGAGUCUGCUCUAGGAAAUGCCCUUCUUCGGCAAUGGCUGCCGAAUAUAUAUAGGGCUGUGACAUCAUAGGUCUGGCUGGCUGCUGAUGGGCUGUAUGUCUCCAUGUGAUUCAGGUUGAUCCCGCCUACCCUCGUUCCCAGACUUUCUUGCCCCAUGUCCUCACACGUGUAACCGCCAUUUUAGCCCCCCAGCCCACACAAAAUGUAGUGAAUGAAGCGAUUCGUUACCACAAAGCGCAAGGAAAUUCGGAUUUGUUCAGAAUUAAAUUUUUCAUGAAAUUCGGAACGACUUCGACUUCGUCGGCUUCAAUUUUCCCAUCUCUAAUGCUGAUCAUUGGUUGUUGAGAGCAAUUUUCCUAGAUAUUAGGCAAUUCAACACCCUCUAUGUGGUAGAUUGUCAUGUAUAAAUACUCUGGGUUUAUUUGUAUCAUAAAAUAGUAUAAUGAAAGCUUGUAAUUUGUGUACUUUCAAAUGCAUUUAUUAUCAUGCCAAUAAAAGUCACAAAUGCAGCCAAGUGCUUAGCUGCAAACUUACAGGUAACAGGAUUAUCUAGCAAAACUAAUUCCGAGUUUGAGAUAAUUUUAUUUUAAUUGUCUUUGUAAUGUAAAUAUUGAGAAAUUACAGUAUGGAAGUACUUGGAUUUUCCUGUUUUUUUCCUAUAAAUAUUUUAA